UAUUUUUGGACGGAGAAUAUCAUUCUAAAUUUUGUCAUGUUGAAACUCACAUCACACAUAUGAAGCCUAUAUAUAUGAGUUGCUCCCACAGAAUCUUCCAUUGCUCCUGUACACCAUCAUUUCUCCUAAAGCCAAUUCAUAGCAAAAUCAAGAAAAUGGAACACAAGUUUGAUUCAGAAGCAGUGAUCCAAGAAUUUGAAUCAUUAACUAAAGAUGCCAAAAGGGUUCAACUUGAAACAUUGAAGAAAAUCUUGAAAGAAAAUGGUGAAGCAGAAUACUUGAAAAAAUGGAAUCUUAAUGGAAAGUUUGAUCCUCAAACUUACAGUUCAUGUGUUCCUCUUGUUACCCACAAAGAUCUUGAGCCUUAUAUUCAAAAGAUUGCUGAUGGUGCUUCUUAUCCUGUGCUUACUGGAAAACCAAUCACCACCAUCACUUUAAGCUCUGGAACUACUCAAGGGAAGCCCAAGUUUGUGCCGUUUAAUGACGAAUUGACUGAAACAACAAUGCAGAUUUACCGGACUUCUUUCGCUUUCAGAAACAGGGAAUUUCCUAUUGGAAAUGGAAAAGCUCUGAGUUUCAUCUUUGGAAGCAAGCAGUUCACAACCAAGGGCGGUCUACUCGCAGGAACCGCAACGACAAACGUAUACCGAAGCGCACAGUUCAAGAAAACAAUGCAGGCGAUGCAAACCCCGAGUUGCAGCCCAGAUGAAGUCAUUUUCGCACCCGACUUUCAUCAAUCUUUAUACUGCCAUCUCCUCUGUGGACUCAUUUUCCGCGAAGAAAUCCAAGUCAUAUCCUCAACAUUCGCCCACAGCCUUGUUCAUUCGUUCCGAACCUUCGAGCUAGUCUGGUCAGAACUGUGUUCCGACAUCCGAACCGGUGUUUUGUCAGCCAAGAUCACGGUCCCGUCUAUUAGAACCGCCAUGGCCAAGGUUCUAGCACCGAACCCUGAUCUUGCCGACGAAAUUCAGAAAAAGUGUUUGGGUUUAACCGACUGGACCGGGUUGAUCCCAGAAAUGUUUCCCAACUGUAAGUACAUUUACGCGAUCAUGACCGGGUCAAUGGAGCCGUAUUUGAAAAAACUACGGGUUUAUGCUGGCGGAGUACGGUUGUUGAGUGCAGAUUACGGGUCAUCGGAAGGGUGGAUCGGGGCAAAUGUAAACCCCGAUUUGCCCCCCGAGAUGACGUCUUUCACUGUGCUCCCUAACAUCGGAUAUUUUGAAUUCUUACCGUUGACCGAGUCCAACGAGGUGGAUUCUGUCGGGCCCGAACCAAUUGGGUUAACCGAUGUGCAACUCGAUGAAGAAUACGAGGUCGUGGUCACAAAUGUUGCGGGUUUGUAUCGGUACCGGCUAGGAGAUGUGGUUAAGGUUAUCGGGUUUCAUAACUCGACACCGAAACUCCAGUUUGUUUGUAGAAGAAACUUGAUGCUCACUAUCAACAUCGAUAAAAACACCGAAAAGGAUUUACAGUUAUCGGUCGAAACAGCUGCAAAACUUUUAGCAGAUGAAAAACUUGAAGUCCUCGACUUCACUAGCCAUGUAGACUUGACCACCGAUCCGGCCCACUAUGUGAUCUUUUGGGAAGUGAGUGGGGAAGCGAGUGAUGCGGUUUUGAAAGAGUGUUGUAACUGUUUGGACAAGUCGUUUGUUGAUGCGGGCUAUGUGAGCUCGCGAAAAGUCAACGCGAUUGGGCGUUUGGAGCUUCGGGUUCUACGAAAGGGAACCUUUCAAAAGAUUCUGGAUCAUUAUGUUGGGUUAGGGUCCGCGCUAAGCCAAUUCAAGACACCACGAUGUGUGGGCCCAAGUAACCGGAAAGUGUUGCAAAUUCUUUGCAACAACGUCGUCAAGAGUUAUGUCAGUAAUACUUUCGGUUAAGGUAGUUUGUUGUGUUUCGCUAUAUGAUGUGUGAUUUGCUUUGGUUUGGUUUGUGUUGCUAUAUUUUGGUUUGGUUUCUACUAGGAUUGAAAUAAUGUUUUUAAUUGUGUAUAAUUAAAUAGAAGUGGUUAUUGGAUUUUAAUAA